UGUGAAUGAGAAUCACAUAUUAUCAGAAGACAACCACGCCGGCCACAGUGGACAAAACCCCAGCCGAGCUGAUGACGACCGCCGGGUGCCCAUAGAUCCGCCUGAUAUCGCCGAGUUCGCUUCCGAGCGCUACUUUGAGAAGCUCCGCCAACUGCAAACCGAUCACCAACAGACGAAUGAUGAUGAAUCUAAUGCCGCAACGACGGCGACCGCGUCUGAAUUCAUCCUAUCCUUGCGAGAUUCAUCGAGUCCCACGGAUGAGAAGCCCCAGCCGUCAGCUUGAGGGAAGAAAAAAUUCCUGUCAUUAAGACAAAAAGCUGCCGCACAUGCAACCCACCGUUUGAGUUCCGUAGAUAUCAUCGCAGAGCAAGAAGCGGCGGGUAGUCCAUACCUAUUCAGGAAGGAAGAUAUUGAAAUGCGAGGGGGGGGACAUGAUAAUGAAUCAGAGAUAGGAGUAUUGAGGGAAAUGUUUAGAGUGCUGUUGGAAGAAUCUCAGGCAGAGUUUGAACAGGCAGCUGAAGGCACGGAGCUCAAAUUAGAAGCGCAAACAUUGGCCCGAACAUUGGCACAACAAACGACAUUAUACAUGUUAGAUGUUCAAGAGCUAAAGAUUCAAUACUUUGGGGCAAGUAACAUAUUGGAAAGAAAUGAGAAAGGGCACGCAUUUGUCAACAAAAUCAGAUCAUUCGAUUUCCUAGGGAAGAGAGAUAUGAUCAAAGAGAUACAAAAGAAGCGAGAGGCAGAAGAAGCGCGACGAGCAGAAACAGCACGAGAACGAAAUGAAAAACAAGCACAGUCAGAAAAGCGACUACUUCUAAAAAUAGAAGAGGCCAACAAGGAGCUGCUUGAGCAUGAAGAGAGAAAGGAGAGACACAAGCAGGCAUUGGAGGCAAUUAACGCAAAGCGUGGACUAAAAGAUUCCUCUGCAGCACCGCCGGAAUUGGAAGCACAAGAUGCCUCAACAGAAGUACCAACAAGAACAGAAAUGUCUAAAUCGGAGUUGAACUACUACGAAGAGGAAAUAGCAGCAGAAGAUAAAAAGAUAAGGAUUGUUGUUGAGAAAUUAAUCGGCCUGAAGGAAGUGUUACGUCGCGUCCGAGCAGAAAAGGAAGUCCAGGUCCCGUCUGGUAGCGAGAGCCAAAAGGCUCAAUCGAGACGUAGCGAAACAACAUGGCAAUGUUGCCAAUGCGGGACGGGAGAUCUCGAAUUUCACGUCGAUUAUUAUUGCACUGAACGCGACUGUCGACACCCGUUCUGCCACAACUGCCUUAUUAAUUUUGAUUAUGUAGGCUCGGCAUAGUAUAUCCAUCAAUGAUCUUUUCUCUUGGUAAUGGAGAAUACACUGCCUACUAGAACUAACAUCAGAACGAAAUAUAUGGAGUUAUUAUUUUAUUUUGAUCAUUACAUCGCUAUACAAGCAUUGUGAUCCUCUAGUCUACGAAUAUAGUUUUGAAUCGAGGGCACGGGGGAAACAGCAUGUCCGUUUAUUAUUUCGAA